GCGGGUGUGUGUAUGGGCUCUGUUACAUUGUAAUGCAUGCGCCUUAAUAUUUUUUUAUUUAUUGUCCGAUUUGGUUUAGAUCGUGGUGGCCGUAGUAAUAUUGAACUGCAGAUCAUCGCCAACAUGUUCCGACUGCAGCAGCGGCGAGCUGCGGGAGCCGCCGCGCUUCUCAUCAUUCUCACGCUUGCGGUGAGUGUGACAGGUAGCGUCGGCGUCCCGGCGCACGUCCCUGACAGCUCCGCGCUGUCCUACGCUCUCAGAUCGGAACUUUCUGAAGACGCCGUACUGGUGGCCAACAACGGGAUACGUGCGCUGUUCGGCAGAUCGGUCUUUAUCGAUCCCAUCAACGAUCUGGUAAUCCAGGUGCAGCCCGGAGACAGUUGCAGCGUUACAGUUCUGGAUAAUGAUCCACUGUCGCAGAGACCCGGGCAGCUCUCUCCGAAAAAGUUUCCCUGUGAAUUCGGACCCAGUGACGUGAAGUACUCGCACUUCGGGGCGAGGAGCCCUUCCAAGGACAGGGUAAGGCUGCAGCUCCGCUAUGACACGCAAACCGAUACCUUAAUUAUUCCGUUCAUGAUGGCAGUGGAGGUCGUUUUCACCCAACUGGAGGUCUUGACUCUGAGCAUGCCUCUCACUGUCGAAAAACUGUUAGGCACCAGUAAUCCCAUUGACAGGAGAAUUCUGGAGUUUUCUUUUGACAGAAACUCGGAACAGUGCAAGAUAAUAUCUCUAGCAGGUGUCAGUGCCUUGCCCAGAUAUGGGAAACUCACUGAGGCAACUAACUUGGGAAAAAUGGAGGAUUGUGAUGAAUUUGUUAAACUCAACAUCUGCUAUCAGCAUGCAUUUUCCCACGGGUCACCAAACAGAGAUUAUAUACCUAUGGUUGUGGAAUUACAGGACAGAGAGGGCAACCUUCUUAAACAGGAAUAUUUUCAAAUUAUGGUGCAGAUUGAAGAGGGGAAUGAAAACACGGCCCCUAAACCCAGCUUUGUGGCAAUGUUGAUGAUGGAGGUGGACCAGUUUGCCAUGACAGCUAUAACUGCGGACAUGCUGGCUGCAGAGGACACUGAGUCUCACCCCGACGAUUUAAUCUUCAACAUCACAUCUCCGCUUUCCUUUGACGAAGGCUACAUCGUCAGCACGGAUGACAGGAAUCUGCCAAUCAUGUCGUUUUACCAAAGUGACCUCAGGGAACUGAAAAUAGCUUACAAACCGCCCUCUGUGGAUUCCGACACUGAGAGAAUUUUCCAGAUCGUGUUUGAGGUGGUGGACACAGAGGGCGCUCUCUCGGACACCUUUGCCUUCAUGAUUAUAGUGAAACCCAUGAACACACUGGCCCCAGUGGUGACACGAAACACUGGGCAGCUUCUUUAUGAAGGUCAAUCCAGGCCGCUGUCCAGUUUGCAAAAUUUAGAAAUCAGUGACGAGGACAACUUAUCUGACGUCAGGAUUACGGUGACUGAUGGACUGCGCCACGGAAAACUCAUCAUUCUGGGCUCCAAGAGAACAUUCUUCACCCCGGCAGACCUUGAUGCCGGCAUUGUUAUCUAUGAGCAUGAUGGUAGUGACACCUAUAGUGACAAUAUUAUUUUCCGGAUGACCGAUGGCAAGAAUGAGGUGGAAUUUCUUUUUCCGAUCACGGUGGUGCCGACCGAUGACGAGCCGCCGACUGUGAACGUGAACACAGGGCUUAUGCUGUUCAAGAACCAAAUGAUGUCCAUCUCCACACUAAUGCUUAGCUCCGUAGACGUCGACUCCGAGGACUCCAAAGUCAAGUUCACAAUCCAAUCUCCUUUUUCCAAAAUCGGGGAGGUUUUGCUGCGACAGGCGGAGGCUCCAGAGGAUCCGUCUACAUGGAGGUUCAACGCGAAUGACGAACUUUACGAGAAAGUGGUGACAGAGUGGUUGCAACAGGACAUCAGUGAUGGAAGGCUGUUCUACAGACACAUGGGGCCUCAUAGCACAGAUGUUGUCAUGGAUGAGUUUGUGUUCUGGGUUCAAGACGAUAAUGAUCCUCCCAACCAAUCAGCUGAGAGCAAAUUCAUCAUUAAGAUUCUACCAGUUGAUGACGUUCCUCCUGCAGUGUUCCCUGGCACCACUCUGCAGAUGACUGUGAAAGAAUACCAGUUGACUCAUUUCCAGAAAAAACAUCUGCGUUACACUGACUUGGACUGCGAAGACCGAGACCUGAAGUACACUGUCAUUCAACUGCCCACAGACAUGGAUGAGAAUAGUCCUGUGUUGUUUGGGUCUAUUGUUUUAACCGAGAGCCCAGAGAAUGAAGUAACUGAAUUUACCCAAGCACAGAUAAAUCAUCACAAAAUAGCCUAUAAGCCCCCUGACAUGGAGUUGGGGAUUACUGCCCACGCAGUGCUGUUUCGAUACAGGGUCGAAGACACAGCUGGAAAUAGUGUCGAGGGACUGUUUACUGUAUUUAUCCAGCCAGUGGACAACAAACCUCCGCAGAUAACAAACAAAGGUUUUACCGUCUUAGAAGGGGGCACAUAUGUCAUCACGAGUGCAGAGUUAGACAUCACUGAUGCCGACACCGAGAGAAGCCACAUGUCAUUCACACUCAGUCGCCCACCCCCUCAUGGGCAUGUGCAGCACUCUCUUAGCAAAGUGUCUGCAGGGCAUGUCUUUAACCUGGAGGACAUCUCCAAUGGAAAAGUCUCCUAUAUUCAUAAUGGGGAUGAGUCAGCCAGUGACACAUUUCAAUUAGAUGUGAGCGAUGGUGUCCAUGUUGUAACCAUCACUGUAAAAAUAGCUGUAAAACCCACAAGUGAUGCAAUGCCAAAAAUCAGUCUUCCUACUGGGACAAUAGCUUCCCAUCUAGAUGUCUUAGAGAAUGGAGCCACCGUGAUUACCCCCAGUAUAAUCCAAGGAAGGCACAGAGACACUGGUGACCUCAGACUGACUUUUAUUGUGGAAGAUGCCCCACUUUUUGGGGAAAUUCUAGUUAAUGGAGAACCUUCUGAGAAAUUUACUCAAGCAGACGUCAUCAGUGGUGUUGUGGUUUAUGCUCACACAAGUGGAGAGAUAGGCUUCAUCCCGAAAGAGGACUAUUUUAAUCUGAGCCUCAGUGACAGAUCAGAUGAAUGGAUCAUGGAGGGUAACAGAGUAAACUUUGUCCGUGUCCUUGUCACUAUCCUCCCGAUCGAUAAUCAGGCUCCAGAGGUGCUGGUUGGAGUGCAGUUCACUGUGGUGGAAGGAGAGAAGAGCGUGAUCGAGAUCCAGCAUAUUAGUGCUGAAGACAGUGACACUCCCAGUGAUGAGCUUCUCUGUACCAUCAUUGUCCAGCCCACUCAUGGAUACCUGGAAAACAUCUCACCUGCCCCAGGCUCAGAAAAGUCUAGGGCCAGGAUGGCAAUCAGUGCUUUCACUCUAAAGGACAUCCGACAAUGUCACAUUAAUUAUGUGCAGAGCAUUCACAAAGGCAUCGAGCCAGUGGAAGACAGAUUCACCUUCAGAUGCUCAGAUGGUAUAAACUUCUCAGAUCACUACUUUUUCCCCAUUGUCAUCAUCCCCUCCAAUGACGAAGAGCCUGAGAUGUACAUGAGGGAGUUUGUGGUGAUGGAGGGUAUGAAUGUCAUAAUUGACACACCGAUCCUGAAUGCCGCAGAUGCCGACGUCCCUGCUGAUGUGCUUACCUUCAUCAUUACUAAGCCUCCCAGACAUGGGUCUGUCGUCAGCCAGCUAGACAGCGGCAUCAGCAUUGUGACUAACUUUACACUGAGUCAGAUUAAAGUGGCCUCCAGUAUCAUUUAUGAGCACGACGGCUCUGAAACCACAGAAGACGGCUUUGGUGUCGUUCUGACCGACGGUAAAUUUAUGGUCGAAAAAAACAUCAUUAUUAUGAUUAUUCCAGUCGACGAUGAGACACCAAGGAUGAUGAUAAAUGACGGUUUAGAAAUUGAAUUUGGAGAAACAAAAGUAAUAAAUGAUAAAGUUUUAAAGGCUACUGACUUGGACUCGGAGGACAGCACUCUGACUUAUGUUAUUCGCUAUGGCCCUGGGCAAGGUUUCUUACAAAGGAUAACACCACUUGGAAUAUUUGAAAACAUUACUGUUGGAAUGAACUUCACUCAGGAUGAGGUGGACCACAACAUUAUGAUAUAUACUCACAUUGGACAAGAGGGCAUUCGUGAUCUCAUAAAGUUUGAUGUCACAGAUGGCUUUAAUCCUCUCAUUGACAGGUAUUUUUACGUCACUAUCAGCAGCAUAGACAUGGUGUUCCCCGAUGUGAUUAGCAAAGGUGUUUCACUGAAAGAGGGUGGAAAAGUGACUCUCACUACAGACCUGCUCAGCACCAGUGACCUCAACAGCCCGGAUGAACACUUAGUUUUCACCAUUACUAGGGCCCCGGUACGGGGACAUCUCGAAUGCACAGACGCAUCCGGCUUGCCAGUCUCAUCUUUCACUCAACUUCAGCUAGCGGGGAACAAAAUCUAUUACAUCCACACCUCAGACGACGAGGUGAAAACGGACAGCUUUGAGUUUGAGGUCACAGAUGGAUACAACCCCAUGUUCCGUACAUUCCGCAUUUCCAUUACAGACGUGGACAAUAAAAAGCCUGUCUUGAUGGUCAAUGGGCUCAGAGUUACUGAGGGGGAGAACAAGCUGAUAACUCCCUUUGAGCUGACCGUAGAGGACCAGGACACAGCAGACCACCUGCUGAAGUUCAUGGUUACCCAGCUGCCAGUCCAUGGUCGGUUGCUCUUUAACAACUCACUUCCUAUCAAGUCCUUCACUAAACAUGACCUCAGUGAGAACAUGAUCAGCUACAAACAUGAUGGCACGGAGUCCUCCGAAGACAGCUUCUCCUUCACGGUUAGUGACGGCACUCACCUGGACUUCUACAUCUUCCCUGACACUGUGUUUGAGACUCGCAAGCCACAGAUGAUGAAGAUCUCCAUUGUUUCGGUGGACAACAGGAUCCCACAGGUGGUUGUCAACAAGGGCAGUCUGACGCUGAAGGUCUUGCCCACUGGGCACCUUGGGUACCUCAUCACCAGUAAGGUGCUGAAGGCAGAAGACAGAGACAGUCCUCGGAUCUCCGUAAGAUUCAAAGUCACUGUCAGUCCAGAACAUGGAUACCUCAUCAAUUUGGGCAAAGGCAAUGAAGCCAUUACCACCUUUACCCAAGCCGAUAUAGAUGACAUGAAGAUCUGCUAUGUGCUGAGGGAGGGGGACCGAGCCACUAGUGAUCUUUUCUCCUUCUCCAUUGCAGACAGUGGGGGAAAUGAGCUGAAGGGGCACCUUUUUAGCCUGAACUGGUGCUGGAUCUCCCUGGAGAAGGAGUACUAUGUGGUGGACGAGGAGGCCAAGUUCCUGGAGGUGGAGCUGAAGCGCAGGGGCUUCCUCGGGGAGACGUCUUUUGUGAGCAUCGGCACCAGAGAUGGCACAGCCAAGAAAGACGAAGACUUCAGAGGGAAGUCACAGAAACAGGUCCAGUUCAACCCAGGCCAGACCACAGCCUCCUGGAGGGUCCGCAUCCUGUCCGACAGUGUGUUCGAGCAGUCGGAGACCUUCCAGAUUGUUCUCUCUGAGCCCGUCAUGGGGGCUCUGGAAUUCCCACAGGUGGCCAUUGUGGAAAUCCUGGACCCAGCUGAUGAGUCAACAGUCUUCAUCCCCUCGUCCGCAUACAGUGUGGAGGAGGACAUCGGCGAGCUCCUGAUCCCCGUUCACAGGAGCGGGGACGUCAGCCAGGAGCUCAUGGUCUUCUGCUACACCCAGCAAGUCACUGCCACGGGCACUGCCCCCACCUCAGUGCUGUCCUACUCGGACUACAUCUCCCGACCAGAGGGCCCCGGGAGCGCACUGCGUUUCAACGGGGGUGAGGCAGAAAAGCCCUGCCGGGUGGUCAUCAUCGAUGACUCGCUCUAUGAGGAGGAGGAGAGCUUUAACGUCACGCUCAGUGUCCCCUUGGGCGGCCGUCUGGGUCACUUCCCCACAGCAAAGGUCACCAUCCUGUCUGACCUGGAUGACGUUCCUGUCUUCUACUUUGGAGACAUGGAUUAUCAUGUGGACGAGAGUGACGGCUUUGUUGAUGUCCGAGUGUGGAGGACGGGUACAGAUCUUUCCAGAACAGCCUCCGUCACUGUGCGCUCCCGCAAGACCAAGCCGCUAUCUGCCGUAGCUGGUGUAGACUAUGUAGGGAUCAGUCAGAACUUAGACUUUCCUCCCGGGGUGAACAUGCAGACCGUCAGGGUCACCAUCCUGGAUGACCUGAGCCGACCCACCUUGGAGGGGCCGGAGAAGUUUGAGUUGGUUCUCCACAUGCCCAUGAAUGGCAUUCUGGGAGAGCCGGGGAAGGUGACCAUCUUCAUCAACGAUUCCUUCUCGGACCUCCCAAGGGUCCAGUUUCAGGAAUCUGUGUACAUCGCCAAUGAGAACCAAGAACAGGUCUUGGCCCUGGUGUACCGCAGUGGUGACGUCAGUGGCCUGUCCACGGUGCGCUGCUACAGCCGCCAGGGAUCCGCAGAGGUCACUACGGACUUCCAGGAGCGGCCAAACACUGAUGCGUCCAUCAUCACCUUCCUGCCCGGGGAGGUGGAGAGGCCAUGUGUGUUGGCCCUGGUCGAUGACUCGCUCCACGAAGAGGACGAGGAACUGCGUUUAGUCCUGGGCAGCCCAAAGAGUGACUCGCCAUUCGGCGCUUCCCUGGGCACCCAGAAGGAGGCGCUCAUCAGGAUAAAGGAUGAUGCAGACCAGCCUGUCAUCAAGUUUGGGGAGACCAAGUUCAGUGUGAUGGAGCCCAGAGAGCACGGUCAGGUGUCGGUGGUGCGCGUCCCAGUCCUGAGGGUCGGGGACACCUCCAAGGUGUCUCUGGUGCGUGUGCACACCAAGGAUGGUUCAGCCACCUCGGGGGAGGACUACCACCCCGUGUCUGGGGACAUUGAGUUCAAGGAGGGCGACACCCAGCACUUUGUGGAGGUGGAGAUCCUGUUUGAUGGCCUGAGGGAGAUGAGAGAGACUUUCACUCUCCACCUGAAACCUGAUGAGUACAUGGUGGCUGAGACACAGGCAGCCAAAGCAAUCAUCUACAUCGAAGAGGCCACCAGCCUGGCCGAUGUGACCUUCCCCUCUGUGCCCCAGGUGAUCUCCCUGCUGCAGUACGACGACAUGCGCAGGGGAGGACACAGCCCCCACCCCGCCGCUGGCUACCCAUUGGUCUGUGUCACGGCAUGUAACACAAAGUGCUCAGACUACGACAAAACCGGGCCUAUCUGUUCUGCCGAGCGCAUCAACGACACGCUGACCCAGUACCGCUGGCUCGUCAGCGCCCCCGCGGGGCCAGACGGUGUGACGCUCCCCAUGCGCGAGGUGGACUUCCACACAUUCUUCACCUCCUCCAAGCUGAUCACCCUGGACUCCAUCUACUUCCAGGCGGGCUCGCGGGUGCAGUGCGUGGCUCGCGCCGUCAACGCCGACGGCCACGACGGCCUGGAGCUCAGCAGCCCCAUCGUCACCAUCAGCGUGGACGAGGGCAUGUGCCAACCCCGUAAGGUGGGCACAGUGGGCGCCGAGCCCUUCUCCGCCAAGCUGCGCUACACAGGCGUGGAUGACCCCGACCACCCCAACCUCAUCCGGCUGACAGUGACCAUGCCCCAUAUGGAUGGUAUGCUGCCGGUGAUUUCAACGCGGCCGCUGUCCAACUUUGAGCUGACACUCAGUCCAGACGGGAUCCGGCUCGGCCACCGCUGCUCCAACCUCUUGGACCGCAUUGAGCAAACCACCCAUCAUGGCUUCCUGACGGACUCCUCCAGGAAUCCCGGGGUGAUCGGGGCGACGCUGCCGUACCAGUACAGCGCCGCCAUGAGGGGAGAGGGGGCACUGCGCUUCUACAGGAACCUGGACCUGGAGUCCUGCUUGUGGGAGUUUUCCAGCCACUACGACGUGUCCGAGCUACUGAGCGCCUGCGGGGGCUCCAUCGGCACUGACGGACAGGUUCUGAAUCUGGUCCAAUCGUAUGUGACUCUCCGGGUCCCGCUACACGUGUCCUACGUGUUCCAUUCGCCCGUGGGUGCCGGCAACUGGCAGCACUUCGACCUGCAGUCCGAGCUGCGGCUCACAUUCGUGUACGACACUGCCAUCUUGUGGAAGGAUGGCGUCGGCAGCCCCCCAGAGGCCGAGCUGCAAGGGGCUCUGUACCCGACUAGCAUGCGCAUCAACGAUGCGGGCCGUCUGGUGGUCAACUUUCGAACCGAAGCCCGUUUCCGAGGCUUGUUUGUGCUCUCUCAUCCAGCCUCGGAUCGAUCCUCCAUGGUGCUGUGCACGGACCACCCCGGCCUCAGCUUUACCCUGAGCCUGAUCAGGAGUGAGGCCUCCUACAAUCAUCCCCUGCAGCAGUGGAGCUUCACGUCAGACUUCUCGGUGAGAGACUACUCAGGUACAUACACGGUAAGGCUGCUUCCAUGUACAGCUGCUCCUGGAGUGGAGUUCACGACCCCCCCUGUCUGUAACCCCCGGGAGCCUGUGACCUUCGACCUGGACAUCCGCUUCCAGCAGGUGAGUGAUCCAGUAGCUGCCGAGUUCAGCCUGAACACACAGAUGUUUCUGCUGUCCAAGAGGGCGCUCUGGCUGUCGGAUGGGUCCAUGGGGUUUGGCCAGGAGAGCGACGUAGCAUUCUCUGAAGGUGACGUGAUCUAUGGCCGCGUGAUGGUCGAUCCCGUGCAGAACCUAGGCGACUCCUUCAAAUGCAGUAUUGAGAAAGUCUUCCUUUGCACCGGCGCUGACGGCUACGUCCCCAAAUUUAACCCCGGCACCUUCGAAUUCGGCUGCCUGGCCGACUCCCCAUCCCUCUUGUACAGAUUCAAGAUCAUCGACAGAGCUCAGCCUGAGACACAGGCCUGGAGUUUCGGAAGCGUGGACUUCAGCGCUGUCUUGGCUGUCGAUGACCCUGACGCGCUGCCAUUGGUUAGACAGCCGGGUUCGGACGGCUUCCAGUUGGACUCCUCAGCCCUCUUUCAGGUGUCCAGUGGGAGGGAGUGGUUCGUCCAUGCCAUCUACACCGUGCGGUCAAGGGGCAACGCCAACCGGGGAAUGGGGAAGAGGAGUACAGAGUACCACUCUCUGGUGUCAUCAGGCCACCGUCACACAGCUCAGCAGCGCCCCAAGAGGUCAUCCGGCAGCGUGCCGGCCAUCACUGCUGAGAUAGGACCACAAAACAGCAGAGGCACCAACAUUCAGCACAUCAGGCUACGGCGACACCCCGAGGGUCACGACCGGGAGGUGCAUGCUGGUGGCGUCACGCCACAGGAAUUCAACCACAAGGGCAGCGCCGAUGGGCACCUGCUGACCUCUGGAUUACUGGCCGGCCUGCUUAUCCUGGUCGUCCUGGCCCUGGCUGCCGUCAUGUUAACGCUGCGGUUCAAAGCAAAGAAGGCGUAUCCUCACAGCCCAAGCCAAAAGGGCCUGGUGGUGACUCAAGGAUAUAACUGUAAGGACAGCACAGAGGUGUGAGUACAAGCACCUCCAUCGGGGGUCCUGAUGGGAGGGUAAAUGGAAACUCUGCUGUAUCCCAUUGGGCCCAUCUUACCCACAAUGCAGGCCUCCGUCUGCAGCAGGUCUUCCCAUCUGUGAAGUGCUUUUAUCCUAUGCUCAUGUUUUAAUGAUUUAUCCAAAGGUUCUAGAACUUCACAUUACCAGUUUGGCACGAGGUGUAGGAGGAUUCUUUCAGUGAAUGUCGAUUAUUUAAUUGAUGGUGUGAAAUGUAAAAAGACCCAGUUCAGUUGUUCCAGUGAAAUAUUUAUACACCCAGAGCCUACCACUGCUGUAUACCUAUCUUAAUGUAUAUACACCGUACACUUUCAUCACGAGUGCAUCAGUAUUUUCAGUCUUACAGUGGUUUAAUCUUUUUGUCAAGCCCUUUUACAUAUUUGAAUUAUUCACAUUCGUAAUGUCCAGAAGGAUCAGAAGCAGACGUGAAGCUGAAAACUGGAUUUCACGGACAUUGUAUUGCAUUUUUUUUUUCCCCGAUCUCUGUUUUCCAAAUGUAAGCGAUGUGUUAUUUCAGUGUGUUUUUGACUUCACCUUGUGACACGCUAAAUAUUCUGGACACUGGUCGUCUGUUAUUUCUGCAUGCACUGUGUUUUUACCCUACCUCUUUUCAUUCUGGUGUAUUAUUCUGUGUAAAGCUGCAUAUGUAACACUUUACGUGACAGGGCAGAAAUACUUAGUAAUAACUCAGUUACUACUGAAGUACAAAUUAUGAACCAAUCAUGAACAAAUAUAGUUGCUACUUGAGAUAAGAUGCAUCAAGAUUCAUUGAUGAUGAACAAACAUGACAUCAGUAUUUAACUUGUGUUAUUCAUGACUCGUUCCUUCAGUAGUGUACAAAGGAUUACAUAAUUAACACAUAUAGUAAUAAAUAUAGUAACUGCUUGAAAACAUGCAUCAUGAUUCAUUAAUGAUGAAUUAACAUGAGAUCAGUAUGUAACUAAGGCUUAGUUUGUGGUUAAUUAAUGCAUAAGUAAUAGCAUAAUACUAUAUUAUUGUGCCCAGUCGUAAAGUGCUACCACUGCAUCUUGUGAGAACAUUCUGGCUGUGACAACCCAGUGCAAAUCAGGCAUCAGUGUCAGCAGUGAGGUUCACCUUUCAUCCAGAACUGGAGAAAUGUUCCUAAUAAUUUUGAGCAGUCAGUACUAUGUCCUUGUUAUGAAACAAUGAUGUUCACUCUUCAAGAAACUGAUUAAAUUAUGAGCCUGUGGAUCUUU